GAACAGGAAACCUCCAUUUUAGAGGAAUACAACAUUAACUGGACUCAGAAGCUGGGAGCUGGGAUCAGUGGGCCCGUUAGAGUCUGCAUGAAAAAAUCCUCCCAAGAACGCUUUGCACUGAAAAUCCUYCUCGAUCGUCCAAAAGCUCGAAAUGAGGUACGUCUGCACAUGAUGUGUGCAACACAUCCCAAUAUUGUUCAAAUAAUUGAAGUUUAUGCUAACAGUGUGCAGUUCCCACAUGAAUCCAGCCCCAGGGCUCGGCUCCUAAUUGUAAUGGAGAUGAUGGAAGGGGGAGAGCUCUUCCACAGAAUCAGCCAGCACCGRCACUUUACUGAGAAGCAAGCGAGCCAAGUAACAAAGCAGAUAGCUUUGGCUUUGCAGCAUUGCCACUCACUAAACAUUGCACACAGAGACCUCAAGCCUGAGAAUCUCCUCUUCAAGGAUAACUCUCUGGAUGCACCUGUUAAAUUGUGUGACUUUGGGUUUGCCAAAGUAGACCAAGGUGACUUGAUGACACCCCAGUUCACUCCCUAUUACGUAGCACCUCAGGUAUUGGAGGCACAAAGAAGACAUCAGAAAGAAAAGUCUGGUAUUAUCCCCACCUCUCCAACCCCUUACACUUACAACAAGAGCUGUGACCUGUGGUCCCUGGGGGUCAUUAUCUACGUGAUGCUGUGUGGAUAYCCCCCUUUUUACUCCAAGCACCACAGCCGGACGAUUCCCAAGGACAUGAGGAAAAAGAUCAUGACGGGAAGCUUUGAAUUCCCAGAGGAAGAGUGGAGCCAAAUCUCAGAAAUGGCAAAAGACAUUGUGAGAAAGCUGCUGAAGGUCAAACCUGAGGAACGGCUGACUAUUGAGGGGGUGUUGGACCAUCCCUGGCUCAAUUCCACGGAGGCUCUGGAUAACAUCCUGCCCUCUGCCCAGCUGAUGAUGGACAAGGCCAUGGUGGCAGGGAUACAACAGGCUCACGCAGAACAACUUGCAAACAUGAGAAUCCAAGACCUCAAAGUGAGCCUGAAACCCCUUCACUCUGUGAACAACCCGAUCCUGCGCAAGCGGAAACUGCUGGGCACCAAGCCAAAGGAUGGUGUUUACAUCCAUGACCCCGAGAAUGGAAGCAACGAUUCCAACGUGGCUCUGGAGAAGCUGAGAGAUGUGAUUGCUCAGUGCAUUCUACCACAGGCUGGUAAAGGAGAGAACGAAGAUGAGAAGCUGAAUGAAGUGAUGCAGGAGGCCUGGAAAUACAACAGGGAGUGCAAGUUGCUGCGAGACACCCUGCAGAGCUUCAGCUGGAAUGGCAGAGGAUUCACAGACAAAGUGGAUCGAUUAAAACUGGCAGAAAUCGUCAAACAAGUGAUUGAAGAGCAGACAAACUCCCACGACUCUCAAUAGCUGGAGCUUCUUAAUCUUAUUUUUUUUACCAUUUAAGAUUUAUUCUUUAACUGUAAAAAGUAUUUUUAUGUAAAUUAAUAAAUCAUAAUUAUUUCAUUAAAUUUCCAUACUGCUUGAAAAUGCUGUAUAGUUGUAGAUACAAGAAAAAAAAAUCAUUGGUACUGUAAUAUUUUUUUAAAACUCAGUUCCUCGAGGUAUAUAUGAUCACUUAUGUACUGUUAAUCAUGAGCCCCCCAAAUGGGGUGGAUUUUAUUGUUAAAAAUCAUUUUUUUUCUUAAUAACCAGUUGCAGAAGCUGCCUUUCACCUGCCACAUCCAGCCCCUGCAGUGACUGUAUGCGAAGGAGAGCCACAGUUUCACAAGCCCCUGCUCAGUGAGUACGUGAAGCAAGUGCUGUGAARCACAGAUUCACAGCUCCCCUUGGCACCAAAAUUCCAGGUCUUUAGGUAGAGAAAAAUCAAUUAAAUAACCUUCAGUUUGGCUUGGUGCCUUGCCCAGGCACCUGAGGCCAUGUGCUUGCUGGAAUUUUCUGUUCUGAGCAGUGACUCUCUUUCUUUGUUGUCCUCCUCAUCUCCCUCAGAGCUUUUUUUAAGGCUGAAUCAACCACUCAGCAUAAAACUAUUUUUUUCCCAUGUUAUCCAACAGCAGAACAAAAGAAUGUUCUAAUUCUUAUGCACAAGUUAUUUUAAUUUCCACGGUGGGAUCUUCUACAAACCGAGACCAGCCUGGGGUUUGUUUKUGUGGGAUCCACUCCUGUAUUCCCAUUCUUUCCUUCUUAGAAAAUCCAAGGCUUGGUUCAGGCUUGUUCUCUUGUUUGGMAGAGCUGCUCCCAGGCUGGUUCCCAGUGCUCUGGGGAACCCCUGGGAUCCAUCUCYGUGUCCCCUCCGGAGCCCAAAUUCCCGUCUCUGAUGCCUUCGAGCUCCUUCUUGGGGGAGCCAAAACUGCAGGGCUGCUCCUUGCCAUCCUUGGCUGCCUCCCCCAGGGCAGGUUCUUACUCUAGUCUGGAACAUUGGCUCCAAAAGCUGCUUUUUUUUUAAAUCCUGACAAAGCAAACCAAUAGGAAGAAUCUGUACAUAGUUCUAGUUUUCUACCUUUUCUGCUUCUCUUUCUUUCGAGACCGGGCGGAGGCUUUUUAUAGAGCUAUUUUGGUACCAAACCCGUGCAGACAUGGGGUGAGUUUGGUCUGCAGACUGAAGUGCCAACCCAGGGCCAUCAGUGACCACUCCUGAACGUUGUUGUCUUUCAUAGCUCAUCCAUUUUUGGGUUUACAUCGACAAACCUGAGCCAUGAAUCUCCCAAUUCUCUCUUACSGAAGUCCAGCCUUGUUCUUUUUUUGUCUCUUUUCUAUACCAAAACUUCCUUGCAGCUUUWGCUGGAUGGCAAAGCAGUGUCUGACUCUUUCUAUACAGUUUUCUAAACAAUGACUUGUUUUUUCUACAUGAAGGAGAUGCUUUGUUUCCUGUUCUCUGUCAGCCUUCUUUAAUCCUGUGGACAGUUUUCCAAUGUCUGGUUUAUUGCAGGGUAAGAACAGUGCCUGCUUAUCCAUCAUCUGAUGGGACCAGGGAGUGUUUGUGUGAGUUGGAAUUGCACCUCUGACACUAUCUGGAAUAUUUGUGCACUGACCUGUUGAUGAAAACUGAAGAGAAUUAGAAAAAAUUGGGAGUUUUUGUCAUUUCUUAGCUGUACCACCAAGCCCUGUUCCGUGCAUUUCUGUCCUUGCUCUAAUUCUAGGUCAUGUCUUGAAAUUGUUUCAUUUUGAACUUGAAAUUUGUCUUUUUUUCUGGAAAUUGAAACUUUCAAGUGUGGCAAAUAGAGAUGGAAACAAGGAAAUCACCUUUCUUUGAACAGCAAAGCAAAAAAUCCCCUCCAAAASCACUUUGUGACUCUGCCCUCCCAGGAGGAAAAUCUUCAGGCAGUUUUUUGGGAGUCAGGACUUGUUGGCAGGCAGAUGGAUCUUGUCUGUGAUAAAUAAGGGUCUGAUCUGAAGCAGAGGGAGGAGGGACAGGUUAAGAAAUUUAAAGACUCAAGGUCAAAUGGUUUUGUUUCUAUGAGAAAGCUGWUUUUUUUUAUUCUUUGAAAAGUUCUGUUUUACAUUUCAAAGUUYAAUAACUUUAAUGGAUUCAUUUCCCUAUUUUAAAGUAGCAUUUGACUUUCUCCUUCCUGUGUUUAGUUUAUUUUUCAGUUGAAGCAAGUGCAAGACACUUUGUCUUGAUUCUCUGAGGUUUGACUUGGUAAUAAAUCUACUGAUCCUUUAUAGCAGACUGUGAAUAUUGUAAAUAUCUUGAGCUGGAUGUGUGGGAUCAAAGAAGAUUGUACGAACACUAAAAAGAUGUAGGAAAGCUCUGGAGGUUGUUGGGUUUUGGUUUUUUAUUUUUAGAAUUUUAUUUAAGUGAAGAAAAAUCUCUGAAAUCAUUUGACCUUUUUCAAAAUUUUCUGUAUAUCUGACUUCUCCUGUGACUUGAUUAUUUGAAGCUUUUCUAUAUAUAUUAAAAAUUAGGAGAACUUGAUUAGAGAAAGAGAUUUUGAUUGGAAAUAGCGACAUAUCAAAAGUUUUGCUGUCAUUACUUCUGGAUUUUCUUUUGAAAAACYGAAUCUGUCUCCAUGUUUAACUCCUGUGUGUUAAAAUGUUCUCAUUUCUCCUUCUCAKUGUUCCCUGUUAGUUCCUUUUGGAUCAGUAUUACAUUGUAAAUAUUACCCAUCCUGUAUAUAAAUGAUUUUACUAAACUUAAAAGUUCCUGGU